CUGCCUCCAUCCAUCUCAGCUGCUCUCUCCCCCCCACCUCACAAUUUCACACCAAUGAGCAUGCCGCAUGUAGCUCCCACUCACUGGCAUCAGAAACACUAGAUAUCUUCAGUGCUGAGCAGUACAGUUUCACACAAAUACACAACAGCAUUGGCUAGACGGAGGCUGCGUUCAGCCAAAAGGCACGUUGGGGAUAGGCAGUGAUAAAAAAGAGGGGGAGAAAGAGUCCAGCUGCUCUCUCACACCGGACUCAAGCAAAAUUUGCACCAUGAAGACCAGACUAGGCUGCCUGUCCCACAAAUCUGACUCCUACAAUGACUUCUCAGAAUUCCUGCCUCCAGCCCACGAAACCACAGCCAGGUGUCUGAAACUAUCAACCGAUGAAGUUGUUCGAUGGUCUGAAUCAUUCGAUAGCCUCCUCACUCACAAGUAUGGGCUGGCAGCUUUCCGGACAUUUCUUAAGUCAGAAUUCAGUGAUGAGAAUAUUGAGUUUUGGAUGGCCUGUGAAGACUACAAAAAAAUCAAGGGCUCAGCUAAGCUGGUGUCAAAAGCAAACAAGAUAUUUAAGGAGUUUGUUGAGGUUCAGGCACCAAGAGAGAUUAACAUUGACUACCGUACCAGAGAGAGGACUAAGCAGAGCCUGGCGGAUCCCACCCCAACCAGCCUCAAUGAAGUCCAAGGUAAAAUCUACAGCCUCAUGGAGAAAGACUCCUACCCACGGUUUCUCAGGUCCAAGAUGUACCAGGAUAUAGUCAACAGGGCACAAGCGCGAGGACAACGAAGGUCUGUUUGACAAACAGUGGCAAUAAAACUGGACCUCUGCUGUAGAUCAUUUAUCCUUUGAAAUCUCUUAAUACUGUGAAUCUGCAAGGAUGGGGUGACCUGCUUGACUGUUUCCUUUAUCAACACCAGCUCCAUGCAUGCAAUCCCUCUAGAUAAAUUGUGUCUCUGUGGACUGCAAUAUAAAGUACAAUGAGUGUGGAUCAUUAUAAGCUAAUGGUUUGCUGAGCAAUCUGUCUGAAAUAUCAAAAUAAAAGUACAGUAUCAUGCAAUAAUGAUAGUUAUCACAAUAUUUGCUGUGUUUUGUUAGUUCUUUAGCUAUGUAAGUUAUUUAUUUUUAUAUCAGUCAUGCACUAUGUGAUUAUAGCCCAAAUAUUCAUGUUUGGGCUAUAAAAUCAAAUAAAAGACUCAAAUAAAGAGUGGUAAGUGGUAGUUUGAAUUGAUAUAUGCAUUUCUGUAGUAAAGAAACUUUACAGUCAAUAAAGAAAUCAAAUGAGUUGUAAUCAAAUAGUCCUAAAAGCAAAAGAAAUCCCUUUAUGGUAAUCUCCAUGUGCACCUCUGGAUUGUUACUGUUUGAUCACUGCAUGGAAGUACAGUUGUGACCAACUGUGAACCUGUGAUUUCACAAUGAUCCUUAGACUUGAGAGACCAGACACCAAACUUCAUAUCACAGCAAGUAGUUGGAUUAUGACCAAGAACAUAUCUGUGUGUGUGUGUGUGUGUGUGUGUGUGUGUGUGUGUUCCUGUCUAGCUAUCUUUGUGAGGACUGAAAUCUGCAUUCUACUAUACUUGUGAGAACCAACAGUCACUUGUGAGGACACACUCACCGGUCCUCACAAGUUUGAAGGCCUUUUUGAGGCUCAAAAUGUGGUUUUAGUGUCAGGGUUACAAUUAGGUUAUGGUUAGGCAUUCAUUUUUAAUGGUUAGGGUUAGGGUAAUGGGCUAGGGAAACCAUUAUGUCAAUGAAGGUCUUCACUAAGAUAGCUGAACAGGGUUGUGUGUGUGUGACUGAUUACUAUGGUUGUGCACUGUGAAUUUUCAACAUCCUAACAGUGAACAUUCUGCAACCUGAAUCUGAAGCUUUUUGGCCUUGCCAACACUAUUUUUUCUCACCAGCUGCCUACUUCCCAAAUUUGACUUGUCCAGUCCAAGUAGUCAUGAUGUGACCACUUGGACUGAUCUGCAAAAAGCAGAGGCGGGGAAGAGGUGUGCGGAAUUCUAGCCAAACUAAAACUGAGUUAUUAUUCUUUUUUGAAUUUUCUUUCUUUCUUUCUUUUCCUUGGUAAAUUCAGAACUUUUUGAUCGCACCUUUGUUUACCUCUUUGAUUGCAGUUGGUCAGAAAUUUGUAGGAAUUUUCAUAGCAAAAUAAAUGAUUUGUCUGGUUGUGGCCCGUUCACAUUCUUUUACAUAUAUUACAACCAGUAACUGUUCCUAACCUGAAUGGUUAUUACACAUAGAAACCAGGUGUUGGUUUAAGCAACACAUUUCAAGUACUCAUUGGUUGAAAUAAAUAAAGUUUUCCUGGAUAAUAAACAGCACAGGUUAUAUAAAAGUCAUUGGGUGGCCUACAUGUUGUAUGUUCUUUUCCAACUUAUGCAUCUACUCCCAACCCUCUUUUUGUGGACUUUGCAGCCCUGCAUCAACCUUCUUAUUUGCUUUCAUUAUAUUACUCUGCCAAGUAGAGGGUGCUAUCACAAUAAAACAUGGGUCACAGCAAGCAGCACAAAUGUUGUGCAGGGUGUCUUUUUGAAUGGGAAGAGGGUCUCUCUGCUUUAUUUUCUCUCUUUUCAAGAGUUCACUGGAUUUAUGAAUAUUUCUGAUAUAUUUUAUCACUGAGGAAACUAUAUUGUGGUAAUUAUCAUUAUUGCUUUAUUGCUCAGCCCUGCCACUACUUGUCUUACCUUGUCUGUGAAAUAGACACUGUUGUAUGCAGGUAAUUAUACCUGCUGUGGUAGUUUGUGUGUUUACAAUGAACAACUAAGUGAGUGACCACUUAAUAUCUGAAACUGUGCCAAAAUAAUCAAUUGCACUUCGAUGUUGUUAUUGCAUAAUACUGUGUAUCUUAAACUGCAGGUAAUCUGUCAGCUCAUUUCACUCAGCUCAACAGGCAGAGGUUAGCUUUCACUUCUGUUCUAAAUGAUAAAAAUUGUUUAGGCAGUCAAAGAUUCCCGAAUGAGAUUCCCUUCAUUAUUUCUGGUGAUUUGGUUGGUUUAAAAUAUGUCACUGAACUGUAAUGAGUUUUUUAUGGAUUAUCGACUAGCAAAAAAGUUUCCAAGUAGAGUUAAAGAGUAAUUUAAAUUCCAUUCUAUAAUGGAUUGAUACCUAAUUAACCAAAACAAGCAGCAUAAACAGCAGACGUUCCAUCAAGGUUACAAUGAAAUACAACGUCCUGCUGAUACUCUUCCACUGAAUUCCAUCCAAUCUUUGCUGAAAAUAGUUUUCUGCAUGAUGCAAUACUCAGAUUUACUGUUUAUAUAUUCUUAAACAUGUACAGUAUGUUAAACAAAUACUGCAGAUAACUUUAUUUAUAAUAUGUCAGUGUGCUCCUUCAGCAUUUGAUGUGUUUCUGCAUUAGAUGUGCUCCUUAACUUACCAAUCCUUUAAAUGAAUUAAAUGCAAAACUUUCCUGAGCACUUAAAGAGUGGUAAAUAUUUUCUUUAGUGCAUGUGUACCACAUAAGUCAGCCUGUUUGAAAUGCCAGAAAACGGAUAAAGACUAAAAAAAGCAUACUGCCAUAUAUGGUAUGUUACUGUGCUCCACAUGAAUGUAAUCUCCCUCUUCUUCUUUUUGCAUUAAAAAAAAUUAAUCUGCA